UGAAGAGGAUUAUCUCCAAAAUAUGUAAAGGCUGAUGCUAAACGUCAGUAGAAUGGGCCCUGAAGAAAGAAGAAGGGCAAGGCAGAUAAAAGCCGAUCAAACCAGCCUGGAGUGUAUUCCUGAUAUGAUUACAGAAAAUGGCACAUCUGGAGUUUACCUAGUCCAGUCGUUCAGCAAUAUAGAACUUCAGCACGAAAUCACUGUAAUGGGAAAAGAAAUGAAGAGUUGUACCUGUAAUGAUUUUAGGUACAAUAGCAUUACUUGUAAGCAUAUGUAUCUGCUCAAUCGUUUACAUGCUGGAAUAACUCCUUUUAAAGAUAAAUUGCAAGGUGUACGUAUUUGUAGAUAACUUGUACAAAAACCUACUUUCAUUUAUAAGAGAAUAUCGUAUCAUUUAAGCAAGUAGACUCGGUUGUUCAAGUUAAUGCUAUUAACAAUGCUGCUGAAAACAGAGUUGUUGUUACAGAAAAUUCUUCUACAUCUCAAGAUAAUCUAACAGCUGAGAUGGCUAAUCUUCUUGCUGCUUAUCGCU